CUCUUCUCUAGCCAUUGGAAAGCUCAAAACAGACUGCUGUCACAGAAAAACCCAACGUGAAAGUUUCACAGUUUCUUUUAUUUUGCUUCGGUUUUUUGAGAAAAAUAAGGAAAACCCUAUUUGGAACAAGUGAUAAAUAACGGUGAAGAAGGAAGUUCCUUGAUUCCUCUGGUUCGUUUGACAGAUUCUUGGGGUUUGAAGUCGUCUAAAUUACUCUGUUCUCAACGGCUAGUUUUUAAUUCAAGAGGGUUUCGAGAAACCCUUGCUUCCAGAGCCUUUUUUACUGCAUUGAGACUGAAAUUCUGUGCUGUUGAUAUAAAUUCGGAGAAAUAAAAAGAUGGUUUUUGUUGGUGAUCAAAAUCCUAAGGUGGGUUCAACUUUGUCAAUGGAUUCUUCUAGAAAAAGGAAGAGACGUAAUGGCUUAUCAGUUGCUGACACCCUCAAGCUCUGGAGUCAAAACGAGGAGGCCAAGCACCCGCGUAAAGCUCCUGCCAAGGGUUCGAAAAAGGGGUGUAUGAGAGGGAAAGGAGGGCCUCAGAAUCAAAGCUGUAACUACAGAGGUGUUAGGCAGAGGACUUGGGGAAAAUGGGUGGCUGAAAUCCGAGCUCCCAAUCGAGGGAAGAGGCUCUGGCUCGGUACCUUUCCCACUGCUUAUGAAGCUGCUUUAGCAUACGACGAAGCUGCCAGGAUGAUGUACGGUGAAAACGCAAUCCUCAAUAUGCCUUACGUUUCAGAUUCCGACUCAGUUGCAACCACUUCAAACGCGUUUUCUGAGGCUGACUUCGUGACUGUGUGGCCUGAGUCUGAAAUCUGUGGAUAUCAUGCGUUUGGUGAAGGUGAAAGGAUGAAUGUUGAGUUUCCUGUGGAUUCUGAAGCUCCCUCCACAAGCGGAGUAAUUAAUACGACAGAUGAAUUUCAACCUGCAAAACCAGAAGAGGAGUGUAUGAAGGAGACAGAUUACAGUUGGCUUAAUGGAUUGGAUUUCAGUGAAGAUAUUCCAAUAAUUGGAGCGCCUGGUGUCUGGGAUGUUGGAUCCUACUUUAGUGAGGAUGAAGUUUUCAAUAUAGAUGAGAUUCUAGGUUGAGUGGAAAGUUUGGGAAGGUAUGGAAAAAAUGGAGUGUUUUAUCUCUCUUCCAUUGACAUUUAACGCGCAGAAAAAAUCUUUUCUUUUCUUUCUUUUUUUUUUGAUAGCAUAAUGUAAUUAUUACAAGAUCGAGAAAGUUCUAAUUUUGUCUCCAUUGAACUUUA